UAGUGACGUCACAUCCUUCCCGUGAUGCUUAGCGAACCCAAAUUGAACGCUCGGCAAAAGAAAACAAUUGUGUUUAGCAUGCUCUGUUUUAAAGAGUCAAACGCAUAAAACAAGACAUUUCAACUGGAAUUGACACCACUAAGAAAAACAAUUCAACUGCGCGUAACAAUUAGAGUGUAUCCGGGAGUGGCAUCAUGGAUCAGGACUACGAGUGCAGGCUGCUCAGACAGAUCAACAUUCAAAAUGAGAACGCAAGCCCUGUAAAAGUGUUAGGAGCGGUGCGAGCUCUGACACCCACCAGCUCCCCCCUGUCCUCCCCUAGCAAGCAUGGUGAUCGCUUUAUUCCCUCCCGGGCUGGAGCCAACUGGAGUGUCAACUUCCACCGCAUCAAUGAAAUUGAAAAGUCACACAAUCAAAACAGAAAAACCAAAGAUGGCACAACAGACGGCAACAAAGCGGAUGGUCUGGCUUACUCAGCCCUGCUGAAGAACGAGCUGCUAGGAGCGGGAAUCGAGAAAGUCCAGGACCCCCAGUCAGAGGACCGCCGUCUGCAGCCAUCCACUCCUGCCAAGAGAAGCCUUUUUAGUUAUUCCGUAAGUGCUAAGAGGGCUCUGCCAGAAGAGGAUGGAAACACAGUCUCUCCAUAUUCUCUGUCACCUGUCAGUAGCAACAGCCAGAAACUGCUGCGGUCGCCAAGGAAACCUACCCGCAAAAUAUCCAAAAUUCCCUUCAAAGUCCUGGAUGCACCAGAGCUUCAGGACGACUUCUACCUCAACCUAGUGGACUGGUCCUCUCUGAACGUGCUCAGUGUUGGACUGGGUACCUGUGUCUACUUGUGGAGUGCCUGCACCAGCCAGGUGACACGCCUAUGUGACCUUUCUGUAGAAGGAGAUUCUGUAACAUCAGUGGGCUGGUCCGAGAGGGGUAACCUGGUGGCGGUGGGGACUCAUAAAGGCUAUGUACAGAUCUGGGAUGCAGCAGCAGGGAAGAAGCUCUCCGUACUAGAAGGACACACAGCCAGAGUGGGUGCGUUGGCAUGGAACGCGGACCAGCUGUCGUCUGGGAGCCGCGAUCGCGUGAUCCUGCAGAGGGACAUCAGAGCCCCGCCUCUCCAGUCGGAGCGCCGUCUCCAAGGACACAGACAGGAAGUCUGCGGGCUCAAGUGGAGCACGGACCACCAGCUGCUAGCCUCGGGUGGAAAUGACAACAAGUUGCUUGUGUGGAACCACUCGAGCGUCCUCCCGGUGCAGCAGUACACUGAGCACUUGGCUGCAGUGAAGGCCAUCGCCUGGUCUCCCCACCAGCACGGCCUGCUGGCCUCUGGAGGCGGCACCGCCGACCGCUGCAUCCGCUUCUGGAACACUCUGACCGGCCAGCCCUUACAGUGCACAGACACCGGCUCUCAGGUCUGCAACCUGGCCUGGUCCAAGCACACUAACGAACUGGUCAGCACACAUGGUUAUUCCCAGAACCAGAUCCUGGUGUGGAAGUAUCCCUCUCUCACUCAAGUGGCCAAACUUACCGGACAUUCCUACAGAGUACUCUACCUGGCCAUGUCCCCUGACGGAGAAGCCAUUGUGACUGGAGCCGGAGAUGAAACGCUUCGCUUCUGGAACGUCUUUAGCAAGAUGAGAUCCACUAAGGAAUCUGUGUCAGUGCUGAACCUCUUCACCAGGAUCCGGUAGUGAGCAAGCCUCUGUGCUAUGACGGAAUAAAGCCAGGAAGGGAAUUCAUCUUCGCAUGUAUCAAGCUGAAAAUGGGCCCUUUCUUUGAGUUUUCACCUCAGUAGUCUACAGAGGACCCCCCC